GCCUACGCCCCGCCCACUCCCGCGGCCCGGAAGUGAAGGACCCGUUGUCCUGGCUGCGUUGAUUAUUGAUUGCAAUAUUAAUCACUUAAGAGUUAACAGAGGGACAUGGCUGUGAGAGCUUGUGGCUUGAUCAUCUACAGGAGGCUGCAGUCAGCACCAUCUUCUAAGGUCACUGACUGCAUUGAAUACCUCCUCCUUCAGACAUCCUAUGGAACCCAUCACUGGACCCCACCCAAAGGCCAUGUGGACCCAGGAGAGGAUGACCUGCAGACAGCCCUACGAGAAACAGAGGAGGAGGCUGGUCUUCAGGCCAGUCAGCUCACUCUCAUAGAGGGCUACAGGAAAGAACUACACUAUCCUGUCCAUGGCAAACCUAAGACUGUAGUUUACUGGCUGGCAGAAAUGAAGGACUGUAACACAGAAAUCAAGCUUUCGGAGGAGCACCAAGCUUUCCAGUGGCUGAAGCUGGAGGAUGCUUGCAAAUUUGCUGAAUAUGAAGACAUGCAAGCUAUGCUGAAGGAAGUGCAUCAGUUUCUCUGCUCCAAAGAAUAAAUGCUUUUGAGAGGAAUAAGGGGAAUUUUUGAAGAAAUAUGUCCUGCUUAUAUUUCUGUGUUUUUUUUCUGAACCAGAAGAAAACAUAACUGCAGAAAGAUAAAUUUCUUUAUUAAAUCUCUACAAAUUCAGUGAAGAGCUUUUAAAGAGCUUCUGCUCCUGUAUCCCCUAACUAACAGAAGUGUGGUCUGAUUGAGCCAUGAGUUGUCUGGACUGAAGCUCACAGCUAACAAAAACUUCCUCUGUCCCUGUCUCCAUUUUUUUUCCCAUUUUUUUGCCCCUUGAAUUGCUGAGCAACCACAGGUCUUUUUGAAAAAUCAAACACUUGGUAUUUCUUAACUUGCUGGUGUAGAGCUGUGGAGUUGAAAAAAUGAGUGGAGAUUUUUAGUAACAAAAUCUUCACUGCAAAGAUUUUUUUUUUUUUUUUUUUUUUGUUACUGCAGAGUUGCACCUUGCAUUUCAAAUGGGGAGGCAGUAGUUCUGUUCCCAGCUCCUCCACUGAUAUGAUGUGAGAGCUUGUCAGAUCAUUUCAAGUCUUGUUUGUUUGGAUCAUGAAUUCCUGUACAUCACUAAUGUACUGUUAUGAAAACUUUUUCCAUCCAAAGAGUAAACAGUUAUAGCAUUUAAAUCAUAAA